CGGCGAGAAACUCUGUUUUGCGAUUCCAUCGUAAACUGUCGCAGUUGCUCGUUUGGUUUCACCGUUUUUUAAAUAAUCGCAUCAUGUGGAAUCGCAAGGUGUUCAUCAGAAUAAUCGAAGUGCUUCUGUGCAUCGCUUGCGUCGUUGCGCUCAGAGUGACGGACGAUGAGAGCCGAAGGGUGUUUCAUUACCUGAGAUAUCGUAGCAGGGAGUGGUCGUUGCUGAACAACGUGACAUGGGGCAGCAUAGGCGCUGCUCUCGCAACGGCGACCUGCGGCGGAUAUACGAUCAUAACGACAGGUCUUUUGAUCGCGGCGGCCACCGGGGAACUUCGCGGCCGUAAGACGGAAAUCUUCUUACUUGGAUUGGGUGUGAUUCUCUUCGGAAUAGUUGGCGCCUUAUCGCUGGCAUCGAUCGACAGCGUUCCUGAUGACCUGGUCGACAAUGCUGCAGUUUUGGGCGCACUGUGCUUGCUCACAGCGCUGGUGUUUAUCGGAGAUUUGCUAAUGGCCCCAUCUCGCAAGAAAGACAAGCAAGAUGAGGCACGAAUUAUUGGAAGAGAUCAAGGAAAAUCUCAGAUAGCGCCCGUAAUUACCGAUGAGGACGCAAAAUCGAAGCCGAAAACGACCGUCGUUAAUAUUCCCGAGGACAAAAACGGUCGUGUGAACGACGGUUUUCAGAAGGCGGACGAUCGUCAUCCCGAUUCCGCGAGAUCGCAACAGGAAUUAUCCGAAACUCAUCCGCGAAACUCUCGGAAUGAUCGCGAGCUUCGUGGCGAUCAGGAACCGAGAGAAUACACGCAGAAUUUCGAGAACGGUCGCGUCCUGCGUGACCCGCAGAGAUAUCGAGAGACCGAAACGCUCCGUGCGAGCGCGCGCGAUCCCGAUCGCAGAAUCGAUGAGUCCAGAAUAACGUACAAGAGUCGGGACAUUUAUCAACGACCGAUCGACGAGAUCGACACGCCGCGAUUUCCAACGGAAUACGAAAAGGGAGACCCGUUGUUUGCAAAGAUCGUCAAUCCGAGCGUGAAGAUCAUGAAGGUUGAGCGAGACGUCGAUGACGCGCUCGACAACUACAGAUAUUCGGACAACAGCCAGUACGACAACGUGCCCAUCAGAAUGCGCGGUUUGUCAUCCGGGAGAAGUCAUCAUCGCGAUGUGUUCUUCAACGCACCUCCGCCACCUAAAGACUUUCGAUCCAGAGGACGUGAGAGAUCCAGAGACGAAAUUGAGAUGUUGGAAGAAUAUUUCGGCGUAUUGAAGUCCACUGGAACGCAAACCGCGAGGAUACCGUCGUCGCCAACCGAUCCCGGAUACGUUCGACACACUGCAAGUAACUGGCCACAAGAUGCAAAAUCGAGCACACCACGACCUAGUCCUGAGCACAGUAAAAUUUAACUUCUCUCUCAGGACUAGUAAAAUAAUUUUUUUUUUUUAUCCAUUUUUAACCGUAUAUUUGUUCGAAAACUCUGUUUAAAAUCAAAAGAAUAGAAACAGAAAUCUCGAACUAUUAUCGUGUACCAAGCACGUGUGCGCGAGGUGCCAAAAAUAGCAUUUACGUAAUAAUUAUAAAAAAUUAUUAGAGAGUAAGAUAUAAAAUGAAAAAAAGAACGACUAUCACAGGGGUUCGCGAUAAUCAUGAAAAGUUUAAUAAAUAUUUUUCGAUGUCGUUGCAUGUUAUUGGUCUGUAAUUGUAUCGCUUCGAGAU